AUGGAUCUACCAAAAGUAGUACCCAAGCCUCCAAGGUACAACCCCUCGCAGCACAAUCCCGUCAUUGAACAAUCCUCCCUCCAUUUCCGAUCCUUCUUCCAAUCUAAAAAUCCAAACUAUGAUGAAGACAUAUCCUUACCAUCCUACACCAAGCCCGAAGCAAACAAUGAGCCCGAAAUAAGUAUUUUUGAGGCCCGGAAAUAUUUUGACGAAAACAAAAACAAGAAUAAUAAUAAUAUUGUUGUUAAUUCUGGGGAUUUCAUCAAAAUUCAGCAAAAUCGGCCGUCGUCCGUUUCUUCCGAUGGAUACGACCGGAACUUCAGGACGUCGUCUUUCCACGCGACACCGACGGCCACGUCGGAGGCCAGCUGGAACAGUCAAACGGAACUUUUGGUCAACACGCCGGGCUACACGGCGGACUCCGUAAAAAACUUUGCUUCCGAGGGUGGUAAUAAUAAGAACAGCCGGAGGAGAAAUUCCGGAAAGAAGUGGGUUUUCCGGCGUAACUGCUGCUGCGCCGGUGAGAAAUCGAUUCGGGUCAAGGAGGCGACCACGGCGGUGGAUUCGGGUCCGGGUCAGACGGGGAGCACAAACAGCACACUUGUCAAAAUCCCACCGGCGAAACCGAUUUCCGGCACACUGUUGUUGCCGGAGAUUAAUUUGGUGGCGGCAGGUCCGCCGCGGCAGCAGCGGAUAUCCGCGUCCGGGAGGCCGUUCGCGGACGGGUUUUCAUUCCCGAUCCUGAAGGGUCCGACACAGACGGUGAGACCCGGCUCGAUUGGGAUCCGACGUCUGGGGGAGGAUCUGCCCAGGAACUCGCUGGAAGUGUUCCAGCCGGCGGAGAGUAACCCGUCCGCCGUCGACGGCGGACGGCGCAAUUUCAACCUGGGGAGCCCAAUCGCGCGCGUGGCGAGCACGGAAGACGAUGUAGGGAGCGACGCCAGCUCAGAUCUGUUCGAGCUGGAGAGCUUCGCGACCCAGACGACGUCGAACCUGACGUCACGCCGGAGAGACUCGCUGGACGAGGCCCCGAUCUUCAACGCGAGGCGGUACGCGGGCAGGACGAGCCUGGACGAGCCGCCGACACCGAGCGUGGCGGCGACUGAGUGCUACGCGCCCAGCGAGGUCAGCGUGACCUGGAGCGUGAGCACGGCCGAGGGCGUUGACAGGGCCAGCGUUUCCAACUUUUCCGUCUCCGCGUCGGAGACCGGCGGCGCGGCGUUUCGCCGGCAGGGGCGGCAGGAGGAGGUCUGCGCCGGGAACGGCGGGGGGAGGAAGGGGAACGGAGGGGGGCUCCUGCUGAUGAGCUGCCGGCAGGGUAAAGCGGUGAGCGUGGGGCCGCAUCCGGUGAGAUGCUUGCCGGAGGUGCCAGGAGGGAUGCCGUCCAAACCGCCGCCGAGAGGCAAGACGGCGGUGCUGGCUUUUGGGGCCUGA